CCGGAUCAAAGGUUGUUCUUCCGGUAACUGAGACAGAGCGGCAACAGCAAACAGACAGAAGGGGACAGAAAACCCGCACAAAUACCGCAACAACACAUCUGUCAGUGACAGAAGAAAAACUAAUCAUAAGAUGCUGAGGAGGAAACCGACUCGUCUGGAGCUGAAGAUCGACGACACAGAGGAGUUUGAGAGUGUCAAGAAGGAGCUUGAGGCCAGGAAGCGUCAGCGAGAGGAGGCGGAGUCAGGAGGUGGCGUGGGCGGGGCUUCUGUAAUCAGCGUUGACAUCAUCGGGGGUGGAACCUCUGCUUCAGCUUCUUCCUCCACGGCGGCAUCGAGGGCAGAGCUCAUCAACGAACGAAUCGGCUACAAGCCCCACCCCAAACCGGCUACGCUGCCAACCUUAUUUGGAAGUUUACAGUUUUAAUAAGGAAUAAAUAUGUUUCAACAGAAAAAUA